UCACAAGCCAUAUUUAGUGCACAACGCAGGAGACAUGGGAACUGUUCUAAACAUGCACUAAGAAAUCAUCCAGCGUCUUCCUCCUUUUUUAGCUCUUUGCGGCAAGAUUGUUGAUAUUUGGGCCACUAGACUAGCCUGAGCCAGAGCGGUGUCCAGUUACACACUCACACAUACACGCUGAGAGGGAGAGCAAGGAAGAGAGAAACAUACAGAAGAAAGGUAGAAGCAGAGAACGUGGGAGAGAAGAGAGUGUGACCUGAGUGUGCAUGUAAGACUGAUUUCCACCUACAGUUUACUUGAGCAGAGUCGUGUAAAGGGCAGCAGUGUCAGACUGAGCUCCACAGCUGUCUCUGCACAAGGAGUUCCCACUGACCCUGAGUGGAACCUGGAGGUCUCCAGUCAUUCUGUUUCACUACAUCAGCAUACGACCACACUGCUACAAGAACAGCGUGUGCGAUGGCAGAGGCCCACCAGGCGGUGGCCUUCCAGUUCACCGUCACCCCGGAGGGCAUCAAAUUACAGCUGAGCCGCGAAGUGCUCAAACACAUCUACCUGUCUGGAGUGACAUCAUGGAGAAAACGUGCCAUUCAGUUCAAAAAUGGCAUCCUCACAGAGGUCUAUCCUGCAAGUCCAUCCAGCUGGUUAUUCAUGGUCAUUGCAAUAAUGAGCUCCGUGUAUGCCCGAGUAGACCCCUCCAUGGGAAUGAUUGACAGCAUCAAGAAAGUUUUACCUGUGAGUGACUACCUUACAGUUCAGACUCAGACGGUGUUGAGUGCUAUCCUGUUUGCCACGGCCCUGUGGUUGUCCCUGAUUCUGCUGCUACGCUACACUCUGAAAGCUCUGCUCUCCUACCACGGCUGGAUCUUUGAGCCACAUGGCAAAAUGAGCGCCUCCACCAAGCUCUGGAUGAGUCUAGUGAAGAUGUUUUCGGGUCGUCGGCCUUUGCUCUACAGUUUCCAGGCUGCUUUACCAAGACUGCCUGUUCCCAACAUUGAUGACACCAUCCAAAGGUAUCUUGAAUCAGUGCGACCCCUACUGGACGAUGACCAAUACAAACAAAUGGAAAUUGUGGCCACUGAGUUCAAAAAGGACCAAGCCCCCAAACUGCAAAAAUACCUUCUGGCAAAAUCCUGGUGGGCCAAUAAUUAUGUGAGCGACUGGUGGGAAGAAUACAUCUAUCUGAGAGGACGAGGCCCUAUCAUGGUGAACAGCAACUUCUACACCAUGGACAUGCUGUAUACAAUCCCCACCCACAGACAGGCAGCACGAGCAGGAAAUGUGGUCCACGCCAUCCUGCAGUACCGCCGUAAGCUAGAGCGAGGAGAGCAUGCCCCGAUGAGAGCUCUGGGGGUGGUACCUAUGUGCUCCUAUCAGUAUGAGAGAAUGUUCAACACCGCUCGAAUCCCUGGCCUUGAAACAGAUUAUGUCCAACAUCUGAGGAACAGGAAGCACCUGGUUGUGUACCACCGAGGACGCUUCUUUAAGGUGUGGCUGUAUUAUGGUGGUCGCCAUCUCUUGCCUUCAGAACUGGAGCAGCAGUUUCAGCACAUCCUCAACGACACCACGGAGCCUCAGCCUGGAGAACUCAAACUUGCCUCACUCACAGCCGGGAACAGAGUUCCCUGGGCCAAAGCACGGCAGAAAUACUUCAGUGAUGGGCUCAACAAGAUGUCUCUAGAUGCCAUUGAGACAGCUGCCUUUUUCCUGACCCUGGAUAAUGAGGCACAUGGAUAUGACCCUGAAAGGCCAAGGUCGAUGGAUCUCUAUGCCAAAUCCCUACUGCAUGGAACGUGCUACGACAGGUGGUUUGACAAAUCUUUCAAUCUGAUUGUCUACAAGAAUGGUAAAAUAGGGGUGAAUACAGAGCCAUGGGCAGACGCCCCAAUCAUUGGGCACAUGUGGGAGGACAUUUUGGCUACAGAUGUCUUCCGCUUGGGUUACACUGAGGAAGGCCACUGCAAAGGAGACAUCAAUAAAGGUCUGACUUUCCCGACUAGGCUACAGUGGGACAUUCCAAAAGCGUGUCAGGAGAUUAUUGAAGGCUCUUAUGCAAUCGCAAAGGAGCUGGCUGACGAUGUGGAUUUCUGCUGCUGUGUGUUUGAUGAAUUUGGGAAAGGCCUGAUCAAGAAAUCCAGAACAAGCCCUGACGCCUUCAUCCAAAUAGCGCUACAGCUUGCUCACUUCAGGGACAAAGGUGAGUUUUGUCUUACAUAUGAGUCCUCGAUGACACGGAUGUUCCGGGAAGGACGGACAGAGACUGUUCGUUCCUGCACCAUUGAAUCUACAGCCUUCGUUCGGGCCAUGGAGGAUGAGGCCUGUAUGAACGAGCAACGGCUGGCCCUGUUCCGGAGAGCCGCAGAAAAACACCAGAACAUGUAUCGUCUGGCCAUGACAGGAGCUGGCAUUGACCGCCAUCUCUUCUGCCUCUACAUCGUUUCCAAACUACUGGACAUUGAAUCCCCCUUUCUCAAACAGGUUCUUUCAGAGCCUUGGCGUCUCUCCACGAGUCAGACUCCUCAGCAUCAGCUCAACCUUGUUGAUAUGCAGAAAUUCCCUAAAUAUGUAGGAGCUGGAGGAGGCUUUGGCCCUGUUGCUGAUGAUGGUUAUGGAGUUUCUUAUAAUAUUGUCGGGGAGAAUCUCGUCACAUUCCACAUCUCCAGCAAGUACUCUUCCCCAGAAACGGACUCACAUCGCUUCGGGCAGAACAUCAGACAGGCCAUGCUGGACAUUAAAGCACUGUUCAACCAGAAGCAGAAGGCAAAUUAACUAUCAACAGCAUGAAGUGAAGACAUCACAACACACAAACCAUACAUGGCUGGCCAGCUGCACGGCUUAGAGCUUACAGGACGAUCACAGAACACAGAGAACCUGUAAAAAUCUGUACAGUUAUUAUAUAUAUAUUUCUAAUUUUUUUGAAUGUAAUGAAUCUGUUUUAAUUUACUGCUUUUUCAAUUAAGAAAUAACAAAAACUGUAGAAUAUUAAGAAAAAGCUAAAUUCAGGUAUAUUUUUAAGAAAAAUCCUUAAAGUUCUGUAAAUGUACACAAUGUAACAUACUUGUAGAGAAAUAGUGUACAGUGUACAAUUGUAAAUACUGACUUUAAUGUACUUGAAGCAUGUUGAUUUCCUUUGAAAGUUACAGGUUAGAUGGUUUGGGGCAGUGGAGUAAUGUCCACCUAGUAUAUUUAUGCAUAUUCCAUUAAAUUAUUUGACUUUUU